AUGUCUUUAACGGCUGACGAAUACAAACAGCAAGGUAAUUCGGCCUUCGCUGCCAAGAAAUACGAUGAAGCAGUUGACCUCUUCACCAAGGCAAUUGAAGUUUCAGAAACUCCAAACCAUGUUUUAUAUUCCAAUCGUUCUGCAUCCUAUGCAUCAGAGCAGAAAUUUAACGAAGCUUUAAAGGAUGCUUUGGAAUGUACAAAGAUCAACCCAUCAUGGGCUAAGGGUUACACAAGAGAGGGAGCAGCUCAUUUUGGGAUGGGAAACUUGGAUGAUGCUGAGGCCAGUUACAAGAAAGCGUUAGAAUUGGAUGCUAACAACAAGAUUGCCAAGGAGGGGAUUGAGCAAAUUCAACGUGUGCAGAGUCAAAGACAAGCCCAACCUGAUUUGGGUUUGACGGAGAUGUUCAACGACCCAAACUUGAUUGAAAAAUUGAAGAACAACCCCAAGACUGCAGAAUUGAUGAACGAUCCUCAAUUGGUUGCCAAACUUUUGAGUUUUAGAAGCAAUCCAAACGGUCUAGCUCAAGAUCUGUUUUCCGAUCCAAGACUAAUGACUAUCAUGGGUACGCUAAUGGGCAUUGAUUUGAACAUGCCAGACCUAUCGCAGUCCAACUCUGCUCCAAAGAACCCAGAGUCUCCAAGUGGUGGGGAACCAAAGAAGGAAGAACCUAAACAGGAACAAAAGCCAAAGGAAGCGGAACCAGAGGCGGAAUCGAUGGACGUGGAUCAAGAUGAGUCUAAGGUAGCUGCCGAAGAAGCCAAAGUCGAAGGUAACAAAGCGUAUAAGGCUCGCAACUUCGACGAAGCUAUUGCAUGCUACAACAAGGCCUGGGAGUUGGACAAUAAUAUCACAUACCUGAAUAACCGUUCUGCUGCAGAAUUUGAAAAGGGGGAAUACGACACUGCUAUAAAUACUUUGAACGAAGCUAUUGAAAAGGGUAGAGAAAUGAGAGCCGAUUACAAAAUAAUUGCAAAAUCUUUUGCACGUAUCGGUAAUGCGUACGUUAAGAUGGGGAACUUGAAGGAGGCAAUCAACCACUAUCAAAAAUCUCUAACUGAACACAGGACCCCAGAGAUCCUAGCAAAAUUAAGGCAUGCCGAAAAGGAGGAAAAGAAGAGAGAAGUGGAAGAUUACAUUAACCCAGAGAAAGCAGAAGAGGCCCGUCUAGAAGGUAAAGAGUACUUCACCAAGGGCGAUUGGCCAAGUGCUGUCAAGGCAUACACCGAAAUGAUCAAAAGAGCACCAGAAGAUGCGAGAGGGUAUUCCAACAGAGCCGCUGCGCUAUCCAAACUGAUGUCCUUCCCAGAUGCCAUUUCUGACUGUAACAAGGCCAUCGAGAAAGAUCCAAACUUUGUCAGAGCAUAUAUCAGAAAGGCUACUGCUCAGAUUGCUGUUAAGGACUUUUCCUACGCCAUUGAAACUCUGGAUGCCGCGAGGACGAAGGACGCUGAAGUGAACGGCGGUGCCAACGCGAGGGAAAUUGACCAACUAUACAUGAAAGCGGCUCAACAAAGAUUCCAACCGGCCACUGGCGAUGAAACUCCAGAACAAACGUACGAAAGAGCCAUGAGGGACCCAGAAGUUGCAAAAAUCAUGCAAGACCCAGUCUUGCAAAGUAUCUUGCAACAAGCCCAGAAUGACCCUGCUGCUUUGCAAGAACAUAUGAAGAACCCAGAAAUUUUCAAGAAGAUUCAAACUCUGAUUGCAGCCGGUAUCAUCAAAACUGGUCGCGCCUGA